AUGGCGCCGCGCGCGGGCAAGACGUCGGUCGUCGCCUGGACGGAGUUCACUGGUGUGGAGCCAGAGAUUGAACCUGUUGCACAUCCAGGGUUGGUGGUAAAGGCCAUGGAGGGCAUGGGAGCCUCAUGGACCAUGGCACACCUGUUGGCUGAGGAGGCGUCUCAAAUUGCUUUGAGGGUCUUCCUCCUGGACAACUCGGGAUCCACCUGCAAACCAGACGGCCACGUGCUGCAGAAGACCCACCUGGGUGAGACCAUGCAAGUGCCCUCGAGUCGAUGGGAUGAGAUCGUUGCCAUGGCCUUGGAGCAAGCGGAAUGGAACGCCUCCCUGAACGUGCGCUCCGAGUUUGUCCUCCUGAAUCCUCCACACGGCGGCACCGAAAUGCGCGAGGGGAGGGACUUCGUGACGGUGGACCCGGCGAUGGGAGAUCCCAAACAACAGGUGGACCGCUUGGCCCAGCUCCUCAAGCGGAACGGCCCUCGCGGUCCGACCCCACUGGCGCAGCGCAUUCGGCAGCUCAAUUGGCGCCUGCAGAGGGAGGUGAAGGAUGGACGACGCAUCAUGCUUUCGGUGGUCACCGAUGGCAUCCCUACCUCGGCAAAGGGGGACCCCACGGAUGAGUUCAUGAGAGAACUUCGAGGCUUUGUGGAUCAUUUGAAUGCUUUCGUGGUGAUUCGGCUGGCGACGGAUGAUGAUGAGGUUGUGAAGUACUACAAUCGCAUCGAUGAGGAGCUGGAGCUGCCCUUGGAUAUUCUGGAUGACUUGACCGGGGAAGCCAAAGAGCUACAUGAAGUGGGCAACGGAUGGUUUGCCUAUACCCCCUUGCUUCAUCGAAUCCGAGAAGGUGGCGCCCUGAAUAAACUCUUCGACCUCCUUGAUGAACGUGCACUGAAGCUGCCAGAGAUUGCAGAGAUGCUCGAGCUCCUUUUCCGUCACCCCGAGGAUCCCCCCUUCCCCCGCUGCCCUCGUGCGCUCUACGCGCUGGCACAGAGCCGAAUGGGCAUGAGCAGCUCCGUGUUCAAUGGGCACCGGCAAUGUAUGACGCCUCCGGUGGACCUCAAGGCCUUGAAGAGGGCCUUGGGCUUAAGCAGCUGGCCACGCCUUCGAGCAGAGCUCAUGAAGACUUUGCUUUGCGCCAAGAUGACCACUGCGCCCUGA